CCUUAGGAGCUCAAUUAAGGCCCUGGCCAUCUUCAUCUUCCUUUCCGUUAAAAACACUACAGUAACUGUAACGGUGCAACCCUCUCUCUCUGUUUCUUCUGCAACAAACAACCACACUCCAGUUUUACGACGUCGUUUUCCGAGGGAAUCAUCAUGAAUCCCUCACACACUCUCAUUCCUUCUUCCCACUGCUACCCUCCCCUCCUUCCUUUUACUUUCGCAACUCUUUGCACCUCCCAACGACGCCGUUUCAGAGUCUUCUUCCCUCGCUGUUUCUCCGCCACCUCCGCUCCGCCGCAAGUCCCGAAGGAUCUCUGCGGAAUCGAACACCUCGUCGAUAAGCUGUCGCCGCCGGUGCGGCUCGCAACCUCCGUCGUUGUCUUCGCCGCCGCUGCCUCCGCCGGAUAUGGACUCGGCUCCAAGCUCGGUGGAUGCCAGAAUGUCGCUAUCGGCGGAGCCGUCGCGUUCGGCGUGGCCGGCACCGCCGCUGCUUACGCUCUCAAUGCGGUUGCGCCGCAAGUCGCUGCCGUGAAUUUGCAUAACUAUGUGGUAGGGCUUGAUAAUCCUUUCUUGUUGAAGAAGGAAGACAUCGAUGGAAUCUCCAAUAGGUAUGGUGUGAGCAAGCAGGAUGACGCAUUUAAAGCGGAGAUUUGUGAUAUUUACAGCCACUUUGUGUCGUCUUUGCUUCCUCCUGGUGAUGUGGAGCUUAAAGGAGACGAGGCUGAUAAGAUCAUUAGCUUCAAGAAUUCUUUAGGAAUUGAUGACCCAGAUGCAGCUGCUAUGCAUAUUGAGGUUGGUAGGAACAUUUUCAGGCAGAGGCUUGAGGUUGGGGAUUGUGAAGCGGAUAUUGAGCAAUACCGGGCAUUUCAGAAGCUGAUAUAUAUGUCAUAUCUCGUUUUUGGAGAAGCAUCAUCAUUCCUUCUACCUUGGAAGCAUGUGUUCAAGGUCACUGAUUCUCAGGUUGAAGUAGCUAUACGUGACAAUGCCCAGCGAUUGUAUGCUUCCAAGCUGAAAUCAGUUGGCAGAGAUAUUGAUGCAGAACAACUCGUUACACUUAGAGAAGCACAACACUUGUAUUGCCUUUCUGAUCAGCUUGCUGAAAACUUGUUUAAGGAGCACACAAGGAAAUUGGUUGAGGGAAGUAUUUCAGUAGCACAUGGUAUACUUAAAUCCCACACAAGAUCUGUCUAUGGAGUUAUCGAAGCUGUAGAGGAGCUUGAUAGUAUAUUGGCUUUUAAUAAUAUACUAAUCUCAUUAAAGAACCACCCAGAUGUGGACCACUUUGCUCAAGGUGUUGGCCCAGUUUCUUUACUGGGUGGUGAGUAUGAUGGUGACAGAAAGAUAGAGGACUUGAAGCUCCUUUAUAGAGCAUAUAUUGCAAAUGCUUUGUCUAGUGGUCGCAUGGAAGAUAAUAAAGUAGCUGCACUAAAUCUGUUGAGAAAAUUUUUUGGGUUGGGUAAACGUGAAGCCGAAGCCAUUAUGCUUGAUGUUACAUCAAGAGUAUAUCGCAAAAAACUUGCACAGGCUGUCUCAGGUGGUUCUUUAGAAAUGACAGAUAGCAAGGAAACAUUCCUUCAAAAACUUUGUGAUGAAUUACACUUUGAUCCACAAAAGGCCUGUGAAAUUCAUGAAGAAAUUUACCGCCAAAAGCUUCAGCAAUUGGUGGCUGAUGGGGAGCUCAGUGAUAAAGAUGCUGCUGCUUUGUUGAGGUUGGGUGUAAUGCUCUGUAUACCUCAACAGACCAUUGAUACAGCUCACUCGGAUAUCUGUGGCAGUUUGUUUGAAAAGGUUGUCAAGGAUGCGAUUGCAUCAGGGGUUGAUGGAAAUGGUGCUGAGAUGAGGAAAUCAGUAAGAAAAGCAGCACAUGGCUUGCGACUAACCGGGGAUACUGCUAUGUCUAUUGCAAGCAAGACCGUAAGGAAAAUAUUUAUUAAUUACAUAAAACGUGCACGAGCAGCUGGGAAUUGUACAGAAUCUGCAAAAGAAUUAAAGAAAAUGAUAGCUUUCAACACCUUGGUUGUGACUGAGUUGGUGAAUGACAUUAAAGGGGAGUCAGAUGAUGAGUCGACUGAAGAACCUGGAAAGGAUGACGUGAUACAAACUGAAGAUGAAGAAUGGGAUUCUCUGCAGACACUUAAGAAAAUAAGACAAAACAAAGAACUCGAAGCAAAGCUGGGGAAUCUUGGUCAUACAGAAAUUACUCUUAUAGAUGACCUUUCGGAAAGAGAUAGAACUGAUCUUUACAAGAUAUACCUCCUAUUCUGUUUAACUGGUGAAGAGACAAGGGUUCCAUUUGGUGCCCAAAUCACUGCCAAGAAGGAUGAUUCAGAAUAUGUUCUGCUAAAUCAGCUUGGCGGGAUUCUUGGUUUGAGUGGUAAAGAAAUAGUGGAAGUACAUAGAAGUCUAGCAGAGCAAGCUUUUAGGCAGCAAGCUGAGGUAAUUUUAGUGGAUGGACAGCUGACAAAGGCCAGGGUGGAGCAGCUUAAUAAUCUGCAGAACCAAGUUGGCUUACCUCAAGAAUAUUCUCAGAAGAUAAUCAACAGUAUAACUACUACCAAAAUGGCAGCAGCCAUUGAAACUGCAGUAACUCAAGGGAAGCUUAGUAUUAAGCAGAUAAGAGAACUUAAGGAAGCCAGUGUUGAGAUAGACAACAUGGUAUCUGAAGACUUGAGAGAGACCCUCUUCAAAAAAACUGUUGGUGAUAUUUUCUCAUCAGGCACUGGAGAGUUCGAUGAGGAGGAAGUAUAUGAAAGAAUCCCGUUGGAUCUCAACAUUAAUAAAGAGAAAGCAAGAGGCGUGGUUCUAGAGCUUGCAGAAACUAGGUUAUCUAACUCUCUCAUUCAAGCCGUGGCACUAUUAAGACAGAGAAAUCGUGAAGGGGUGGUUUCUUCACUCAAUAACAUGCUGGCUUGUGACAAAGCAGUGCCCUCUCGGCCACAUUCGUGGGGAGUGCAAGAGGAGCUUGCUGAUCUUUAUACUAUAUACAUGAAGAGUAAUGCAACUCCUGAAAAAUUGUCUCGUUUGCAGUAUCUGUUGGGCAUAAAUGAUUCCACAGCAGCUUCUCUUCGAGAGAUGGGAGAAAGAUUGCUUAGUAAUAAUGCAGAGGUAGAGGAGUUUGUAUUCUGAGAAUUAUAAGAAACAGUUGUCAAAAAACCCAUUUUCUAUUGUCAUAUUGUUUAAAGGUGAAAGAAAAGAAAAUCAUAUAGAUUCUCGGGAAAGAAAUGAGUAAGACGCAGAUUUAUGAGUAGAAGUUGGGAUUUCAGAUUGAUCAUAUUUUGACAGUACGAUUUAGUCUGCUGAUGUUUUUGAUCAAUGCAAAUCAUAUUGAUCUUUAUCAAAAUAAAAAGGGUUAAAUUA